AUGAGUGAUUAAUAUUAGAAGGCAGAAAGUCAGGAAAAUUCUAGUUAGUUAUCUUCUUAGGAUGAAUAACAGUAGAAAACCAUAAAGCCAGCUGAAUUAGUAGCUCUUCCAAAGGUUUAUGCACAAUCCCUCAAUAAUGAAUAACCAUCAACAAGAGAAGAAAGGAAAAUGAAAUAAUAUUUACAACGCAUAUAAGAAUAAGAGCGUUUAGAGGACGCUGCCACUUUAAAAAAGAAGCGCACAAAACCAAACCCGCCAUAAAAAUAACAGGAUAAUUUAGAAUUGCCAGUAAGUGCAGAAAAUGGUGAAAACGUAGAGGAUGAAGGAAUUUUAUUGAACCCUCCUGCAAUUUAAUUAAAUCCAUAGGUAUUACAAACAGAAUAAUAAUCUGAAAUCUAAACUCAAUAAUUAAAGAUGAGAUUGAACCCUAAAUUGAAAAUAAAGGAAAAACAUCACGUGUACAUUUAUUUAGCAAAUUGUCAAGAUCAAAGCUUAGAGAAUGUUUAAGAAUUAACAUCAAAAGCAACUCAAUUUUAUUCACCUUAAAAACAAUUGAAAGAACAAUCAAGUCUAAAUCAAAUAAAUCAAGAAAUAUUUUAGGAAACCACUAUCAUAAUUAAAAAUAUAAAAAACUAAUAUUAAUAAUACAUUGAUUAAACUUCAAAUGGUAAUUCCAAUGAUCAAAAGGACUUUGUGAUCAAAUAUUUAGAUAAGAAGUACAUAGAAUCUGUGGUUAGAGAAAGUAAAAUGCAAAUAUAAAGGAAAUAAACAAAUGAUAAGUAAUUAUAAAAUGGAAAAAAGAUGCAAUCAAAAUAUUGA